GAAUUGAGGUCACAAUAACGUCGCAAGAGCACGUAGCGUCGCCAUUUUCGCAGCUCUUUGUGCGCCACUGCAUGCUAAGAGUUUGCUGCUAUUAACGAAAAAAAUCACCAACUCGUAUUCUCUUGUUUAAUAAAAAUGCAAGGAAACAGAGGUCCUCAUCAGAACCACGGCCCCAACCGCCAGGGAGACUACUUUAAACCAGAGGGGCCCAACAGCAAUGGCCAGCAGCCGGAGCCCAGUGAGCAGACCAACCCUAAUGCGGCCUUAACCCUGGACCUGCAGAGCUUCAGAAAGCCCGGCGAGAAAACAUUUACCCAGCGGAGCAGGUUGUUCGUUGGAAACCUACCGACUGGGGUUAGUGAAGAGGACCUGGAGAAGCUGUUCGCCAAAUAUGGGAAAGCCAGUGAGAUUUUUAUCAACAAGGAAAGGGGCUUCGGGUUCAUUCGGUUGGAGACAAGAAUCAUUGCAGAGAUUGCCAGAGCCGAGCUGGAUGAUUUUGUAUUCAAAGGCAGGCCCAUACGGGUGAGGUUUGCAACCCACGGUGCUGCAUUAACCGUGAAGAAUUUGCCAGAGUUUGUGUCCAAUGAGCUUCUAGAGGAGGCUUUCGGUGUUUUUGGUCAGAUCGAAAGAGCUGUGGUGAUAGUGGAUGACCGAGGGAGGCCCACGGGGAAAGGAAUAGUGGAGUUCACUUCAAAGCCAGCUGCAAGAAAGGCUUUGGAUAAGUGCAGUGAAGGUGCCUAUCUUCUCACAGCUUUUCCUCGACCCAUUACAGUGGAACCUAUGGAGCAGUUUGAUGAAGAAGAGGGACUGUCAGAAAAAUUAAUUAACAAAAACCAGCAGUUUCAUAAAGAGCGUGAACAGCCACCAAGAUUUGCUCAGCCUGGCAGCUUUGAGUAUGAGUAUGCAAUGCGCUGGAAAGCUCUGAUGGAUAUGGAGAAGCAGCAGUAUGAAAUGGUGGAUCGCAACAUGAAAGAGGCUCAGGAGAAGCUGGAGGCUGAGAUGGAGGCAGCUAGACAUGAGCAUCAGGUGAUGCUAAUGAGGCAGGACCUGCUGAGGCGACAGGAGGAGCUGCGGAGGAUGGAGGAGCUCCACAGUCAAGAAGUGCAGAAGAGGAAGCAGGCUGAGCUCCGGCAGGAGGAGGAACGCAGGAGGAGAGAGGAGGAGAUGAGGAUGCGCAAUGAGGAGAUCAUAAAGAGGCAGCAGGAGGGCUUCAGGGGAAACUUCUCAGAAAAUAGAGAGCAAGACAUGAGGAUGCACAUGGGAGGCCAUGGGAUGUCCAUGAACAGAAAUUCUUUGGGUGGAAAUUCUGGUCCUGCCAGUACUGCUGGCAUACCUCCUGAGAGUUCUCCAAUGAUGUCAGGGCCGGGAAACAACAACAUGCCUGGAGGAGGCCAGGGCGGCUUCCCCAGAGGCCUUCCUGGGCCUGGAGACUAUAAUAAGCAGCGCAGAUUUUAAAUCAUGAACCUAUUUUUCCUGCUUUUUGUACUCACUGUACUUUUAAGUUUAAGGUAGUGGGUGUUACUUCUGAACUUUGAACUGUGCAUGUAUGUUUUCUUUUGUACCUUUUUAUUUGUAUUUUUGAGUUGUCUUAGUACUAAUAUGUCAAAACUCUCCAAAUGAGCCAUGCAUUUGACAUUAUUUCCCAUGUUAAUGUGUUUUUUUUCAUAGAGAUAGGAAAUGUCUGUGUCCUGGAGACAGUUCUUGAAUAAAUUCAUGACUCCGUAAAAAUAAUUGUUUCAUUUAAAAUAAAAUCAUGCCCCCUAACA